AUGGUCGUAGGCGAUGACAACCUCCACGACUGUUUUCUGAACAGUAAUCGACUCAAGAACAACAAAACCUCUCUCGGAGCGACAAUGCAUAAGAAAGAGCUUAAUCACGUUCGGAAAUUAAGCCGCCUUUCACGAGAGGCGGUAAACGGUACCUGGAACACCGAAUACGAGGAGUACAAUGAUGCCAGCACUUUGGGGAUUGAAGAGCUGGCAAAAGUGAUUAUCUACUCGUACCAAAUGGAACACAACAUUGCCUUCAGCUAG